GCGGGAGAGUUUAGGGUUAGGCACCUCCUGUGGCCAAUCCCGCCAGCGUAUGUGACUUGCUGCCUCCAUCCAAAACUCCGCCGUUCGGCUCCUGGAACAACUUUGAACCGGGAAGGCGAGAGAUUGACGGAGGGAUCGGGCGGGGGGACGGAGCCUCCUCCCCCCGCGGCAUGGCGAAUCCUCCUCCUCCUCCUCGCAACCUGGGACAGAGACCCUUUAAGAGGUGGGGGCAACGCCUGGAAGGCUUGGCUAGGGGGUGAUUUAGGGAGCGGGCCGCUAGGAAAGCCGCCUUAAAAACGCCCUGAGGAGAGAAAACACCCUUUGGUCCGGGGGAGGGAAAGAAAGCCGAACCACCACCAAAGUCUCCCUCCAAACUUUUCGUAUUUUGGCCCAGUGAAUGAGAUUUCCACCCCGGUCUCCCUUCUCCUCCGCGUCUCUACCCCCCACCCACCCACUCACCCACCCAUCCGUGUCCCGGGCGUGAAGUAAAAUAGGAUGGUGGUGCACAACGCCGAGCUUCGCUUGGCGCUGAUUUGCCUCCUCCUGCUGCUGGCUGGAGCGAAGCCGAGCCGGGAUCCUGCUGCGGCCAGCUGCGAAUUCCGCGGAAAACAAAGUGAGCUGAACUCCUUCCUGUGGACUAUAAAGAGAGACCCGCCAUCUUACUUUUUUGGUACCAUUCACGUCCCUUAUACUCGAGUCUGGGAUUUUAUCCCUGAGAAUUCUAAGAAAGCCUUCCAGGACAGUCAUAUUGUCUACUUCGAGCUGGACCUCACUGAUCCCUACACAAUCUCUGCUUUGACCAGUUGCCAGCUCCUACCACAGGGCAAGAACCUUCAGGAUGUGCUCCCCAGGGACCUCUACCGCCGACUCAAACGCCAUUUGGAGUAUGUCAAGUUGAUGAUACCUUCCUGGAUGACUCCAGAUCAACGAGGCAAAGGCCUAUAUGCAGACUACCUCUUCAAUGCUAUUGCAGGCAACUGGGAGAGGAAAAGGCCUGUUUGGGUCAUGCUAAUGGUGAAUUCUCUGACUGAGGUGGACAUCAAGUCACGGGGUGUACCUGUUUUGGAUCUCUAUCUGGCUCAGGAAGCAGAACGCCUCAAGAAGCAGACAGGUGCAGUUGAAAAAGUAGAGGAACAAUGCCAUCCAUUGAACGGUCUCAAUUUUUCUCAGGUGAUCUUUGCUUUGAAUCAGACUCUCUUGCAGCAGGAGAAGCUCCGAGCAGGCAGUCUACAGAUUCCUCACAGUACAGAGGAUCUUAUCAAGCAUUACAACUGUGGAGACCUCAACAAUGUCAUCUUCAAUCAUGAUACUUCCCAAGUCCCAAAUUUCAUCAAUGCAUCUCUGCAACCUCAUGAGCGCAUCAUGGCUCAGGAGAUUGACAACUACUUCCGCCAUGAGCUUAUCUACAAGCGGAAUGAGCGGAUGGGCAAGCGAGUGAAAGAUUUACUGCAAGAGUAUCCAGAUAAAAGCUUCUUCUUUGCAUUUGGAGCUGGUCAUUUCAUGGGCAACAAUACAGUGAUAGAUGUUUUGAGGAGAGAAGGAUAUGAAGUAGACCAUACAUCCGCUGGGCAAGCAAUCAGUGGAAAAAAUCAACAUAAGUUCUUGUCCGCCCUCUCCUCAACAUCCCCAGAAUAUGCCUCUUACAUUAUCUCCCAAGAGAUCCAACAACAGGAGGAAGAAGAGGAGGAUGACCUGUUGCCCCACACAUUAUUGCCUGAAAGCAUGGACCUGCUGGAGAAAGCAGAGAGGAAAUACAACAAGAAGAAGAAACAGCAGAAGAAACAGCGUUUACGUCAGUUCAAUGACCUUUGGGUACGCAUCGAGGAAAGCACCACCGAGCCACCUCUGCGGAUUCAUAUCAUUAAUGGUUACAUUUCUGUGGAACCUCAGCCACGAGGACACAAGCAAUCCCGCCAUAUCCAGGCAGAAACGAGCUCUUCUAGCAGACCCUUUCUAUUCUUCUUCACUUUGACUUUUGUGUGGUUUAUAAUAAUCUGUUGAAGCUAGAAUGACUCUCCCAUAUUCAGCUAUGUGCCUUUAAAAAAAAGGGAGGGGGGUUGGGGGUAGAGAAAAAGGAAAGCAUUUUUUUUUCCUGAACAGGAAAUCAUCUGUGUGGAUUUUAUUCUUUUAGAAAUCAUCCUUUUCCUGAAUCUGGACCAUUAACUGGAUUAACUGUUUUGACCAUACCCAAUGCAGGAAAAGAUAUUUUUUUAAUGAAAGCCAUUAUUUAUUCUUCCCUUGCAGAAGAAUUAUUUCAUGUUGUCCCAGAAUUAUUGGGAACUAUAUAUGUAACAUAGCUGUUAUUUAGCUGUAUGGAUUUGACUUGAAUACAAUUUAUUUGGGGGUUGGUUUGUUUCUAGUUUUAUGGUAAAGAAAAUGUUCAGCACUUUAAAGCAAUAGGAAGAGAUUAAAAAGAAUGCCAGAUUUAACUUGUUCCCUUCCUUCCACCUGUUCCUGAGAGGCCUUGUUCUCUGGCUGUAACAGCAAUUUCUUCCACUGACAUUUUAUCCAUCUGUUCCUUUUUUAAAAAUUCUCUAAGUUCAAAAACUAGUUCCUUUUUUUAAAACAAUGACUAUUACUGUAAGCUACUAUUUGUACCCUAUUUGACUCCUAUUUGAAAUAAAGAAUGCUCCCUAA